AUGUCGAAUAAACACGAUAGACGAUUAUUACGUGAUGAUUUAAUUGAUGAUAUGAUUGAACCGCCAAUACUAUCAUCAACAUUAAAUAAUCCUGCGGCAUCUUCAUUUUUUAUUGAUAGUGCAAAAAUAACGCAAAAUCGAAAUUAUCCAAGUUAUCCAUUAGUAUUUAAUAAACCGAAAUUUGAACAAACCGAUAGUUCAAUAAAAACAAUAAAGAAUGAUCAACGUGAUCGUUCUCAAAUAAAAUCAUCAUCUCGUAUUAUUCCAUCAUCACUGUUGAUAAGUAAUGAUGAACGACGAAAAGAAAUUGAUCGAAUUAUAAAAAAUUUAUACGAUGGAAAAUUAUUAACAGCAAAUAAUGAUGAUCUUUCACUAUCGGAUAAUUCAGAAUCACAGAUUCAUUCGUUGAGUAGAGGAGCAACAACAUUCUCGGCAACAACAACAGCAGCAACAACAACAACAACAGCAGUCAAAACUGAUGAGGAAAGUAAAAACAAUGAGUUACUCACACUUGAUAGUGAUGUUACAUCAUUACAACGUGAAUUGAAAGAAAAAGAACUUGAUAUUGGUCAUUUACAUAAAGAAAUUCAAGAAUUACAACUUGAAAAUAAAUUACUUAAAGCUAAAGGACCAUCUGUUUAUUCAAACGGUUAUACAAAUAAUAAUAAUGAAACAGAAGUACAUCAUCGUCGUGAAAAAAAUGAUUUAUCUAUUCCACCACAAAAUCUAAUUAUUAAUCGUUCAAAUCGAAAUGAUGAUAUUCAUAUACAUCAAAAAGAAGUAUAUGAAAAUAAAUUAAAAUCUUAUGAAAAACAAAUGCGUAUAUUAGUCAAUGAAAAUGAUAAAUUAAAACAAAAUGCGCAUCAAACUGAACGAAUUCUUCAACAAAUGAAACGAGAAAAUGAAGAAUUACAAAAAAAAGUUACUGAGGUUAAAAAACGUAACGAUGAAUUAUUUUACCAAGAAUUUCAUUCACUCAGAAAUAAUUUAAAAGUACUUAAAGAACGAAAUAAUGAAUUAUUUCAAGAAAAUUUUCGUUUACAACAAGAACAACAGAAUAUUAUUUGGCGUUCAACUCUUCAUGAACAACAAUCAAUACCAUCAUUAAAAACAUCUCAUUCAGAUUUAAAACAUAUUAAACUUGCGCGAGAUGAAAGUCCGUAUUUAUCGGAAGGAAGUGAUUCAACAAAUUAUUUGACAACUGUUAAUGCUGCUGAUCCAUAUACAACUCGACCUACAACAUCCACGUAUCGUUCAGCAACAAUCGAUGGAAAUAAUCAUCAUCGUACAACAAGAUAUAAUUCAUCAACAGCACAAGAAGAAAUUAAUCGAAAUAUUAAUUCAAUUCCUUCAUCGAAAUCUUUCGAUCAACCAUUGAAUUUUCGUUCAUCAAAAACAAAACAUAUGACUGAAUGGAACGAACAAAAUAUUCGCAACAAUGAAGAUAUUAAAAAUUAUGAUGAACAUUAUCCAACAAAAGAUAAUACAAAAUCAAUAUCUUUAUCAUCAUCACGUGUUUUUCAAUCAGAAUAUUCGAAUAAUCGUACUGCAACAUCAAAUGAUUCUCGACAUGGUUCACGACGACCAUCAAAUAAUUCACAUGAUGAUCGCCGUCAAAGUCGAGGAAAUAUUCCAACGAUAAGUCCAAGACGUCCAUAUGCUCCAUUAUCUAUUAAUGAUAUUCAUGUAAAUGAUAUAAUUAAAUUUUCUCGACCAGGUAGUAAAGUAAGUAAAGGUACUGUUAAAUAUAUUGGACCAUUACCUGAUAAAAAAGAUCAAUAUCUUGGAUUAGAAUUAGAUGAUGAUGAAGAAAGUAAACAUGAUGGAAUAUUUCAAGAUCAACGAAUAUUUCAAUGUAAACCAAAUAAAGGAGUAUUUGUUGGAUUUAAUAAAGUGAUUAUGGCAUGGAGUGGACAAUAA